UACUCGGGAAUGCCGUGGCAAUGAGACCCACGAGCCGGGUUUCUUUGGCCUCAAAGUGGGUAUGAGCAGGGAGAGGCUAGACUAUACCCACCGUGAUCAGUCAGCCCUUGUGAAUCGCCCUCUCCCCUCGGUACCCUCGGGGCUCUCUCCUUUUUGCCCCUGACCUUCCAAGGCUGUGAUAGGGAUCCAGGAAUCCCAAAGCUAGGAGACCACUGCUACUGCCAGGAAUGACCCAUGCAAGAUCUUCUGCUAGUGAAAUGAACCAUUCACUGGCAGUGUCCAAGCCCAACGGCAAGGGCAGAGUGGCUUUUGGGAUUGAGAGGUCAUCCUCUAGCAUCAAGAUGUUAGCCUUUAAGGUGUAGGAAAGGUGGGGCUACUCUAGGGUUGGCGGUUAGUCCUGACCCAUUCAAAGAGGGAACUCCCUUAGAGCCUGUGUCUCCCUAGAAGAGAGAUUAGCCUGGAGCACCCAGCAGGCUGAAGCGGGCCUGCUAGACUUCUGACCUGGCUAUGGCCUAAGAACUGCAGGAAUGAAGUUGGGCUCUGAGUUGCAGCCUGGCCCCCUUCAUGACUUGUGGAAAAAGCUUGGGCAAACUGGCUGGUUAGUGACAAAGAAGGCCUGGGCAAUAGAAUAUGCAUGUCAACUUCCCUCUUCUUAAGAAGAACAAACAUUUUGCUUAUUUAAGCAUCUGCCCCUGCUACUCUUGAGUUCCCAGUUCACCCUGAACCUUUCCAGCUUCUUAAAAGCUCACUCUUUUCAGCCGUUCUUAGAGAUACCCUGGACCAAAUGAAACUUACUUAAAAGUGUUUGUCGAAUGUGAGGCUUAUUUGCUUCCAAAUAACAGUCAUGUUUCUGAAAAGGGUCUGUGGAUGCUCAAAAGCAGGCAGAAAAUAGAGUGGCUGAGCAAAUUGACUCUUGCAGAAAGGAAAUCAUGGAAUGAAAAACUGGAACUCAGGGACCUUGGUAGGGCUCAUCAUUACCACCAGGUUUGCUUCAUUGUGUAAGUGGUAACAAUUUCAAGACCUCCAAAUUCCCUAUCUCUCCUCUCCUCUUCCUUUUCUUCCCCUCACCUUCCUUCCUGUCUCCUCUCCUUUCAUCUCUUAUUUUCUCUUCUUUCCUCUUCCUCUCUCCUCUCUUCUCCUUCUCCCCCUCUUCUAUCUUUCUCUUUCCUUUCUAGCAAACCAAUUCUGGUCUCCAGAGAGUGUGCACAGAAUUAUCUAUGCCUUGAAUAUUUUACUGUAUUUGAGAACUAAUAGUAAUUAUAUUUAUUUUAGCAGUAAAAACUUUACAAUUGUGUGAAAUGCCCCACUGAGUUUAGGUAUACAAUCCUCUAAUUCAUAUUAAGCAGUACUGUGUUGUUUCUAAUUUUAGCUUCUUGAAGUUAACCAAGUCAGCAAGUCACCUGGCUGAGGAAUGUCCUGAUCUGUAAAAUAAUUCCGGUCUGUUGGGUUUUGUACAGCUGUCACAGUGGAUUUUACUUCAGUAAGAUAACCUAAUUAGCAAGUGUUUGUUAAACUAAAGCCCGAGUGAAUAAAUCAUAUCUCCCUAGGAACAAUGUACUUUUAAUAUUUAGAAAUACAUAGAAAGUGCCCUUUCCUUAUGAAAGAAGUGAACUUUUGCUCAGGACAUAUUACUCAGCCUGCACAUAAUGAUGCACGUGCAGUCGAAUGGGAGGCUAUCCACCACUGCCCUCCCAACUCCCAGGGCUUCUGUGCUUGUCUCAUGGUCGGUCACUCUAUGGCCCAGAGAAGGACAAUUAAGGCUCCAGUCUGAAAUGGCAGCAUGAGAGGGAAUCCAGAAGUAUGGUCAAAGGCUUUUCUUGAAAGGAGCAGGAAGGAAGAUCACAAUGCCACAGGUGGCCUUAGUGCCAAACUUUAUAGACUGCCCCAAUCUUUAUUAGAGAGGAAGGAAUUUGUAUAAGCUACACAGGUCAAAGAUUUCUGCUUUAACAGGGAGAGAAACAGGAUAAAACGGGUGGUUUCCCAUUCAUGAAUGGCUUAUUUUGCCUGGGGCAUUGCCUACCUUCCAUUUUGGCUAGGCAAUGAAAUCCUGCAUAAAUUCUGUAGCAGAUCUAAAGAGGAGAGGAAGGUGAAUUGUUUGUGCAGCAGGCACAUUUAAUCAGUCCCUUUCUUCACUGUGUCUUUCCCUCGGUUUUCCUCACUUCUCUCUUUCUAUCAGAGGUGGCCUGUAGCUCCUCCAAGCAACAGUAGACAUUAUUCACACAUGCAAAUGGGCUCCCCUCUUGAGACUCCUGGACCCAAGGAGUAAUAAUAUAUUAAGUAGAAAAGAGAUAAUGCAGGCAAAAAUCCAACACCUAGCCAAUUAGUGAUGCUCUAGAAAGGUUAUGUGAAACCAAAUGCAACAUCAGGGCCCAGAGGAUCAGCACUCCUUUGGCAUUAGCAAAUGGAAACAGUAAGCUCCUAAAAGUAGUGACAGGCAUGGCUGCAGAGUUAGAUCAAGAACCCUGGUAUUCUGUGUCUCAGCUCAAGAUUCCUAGUACCCUUUUCUUUAGGAGGAGUCAUUUCUCCUGCCCUGCAUUCUUCCCUGUUUUUUUUUUUUUUUGGGGGGGGGGAGGGUUGGGGGGUGGGGAGAGGAUCCCAGCCCUUGCAGCCUAGAGGGCUCAACAACUCUUGCCUUGGCUCCCACUCCUAGCAGAGCCUCAGCCUGGCAAUGCUUUUCUGACACCCACUCCACUUCACUUUCCUCCAGGCAAAAAAGCACACGUUUAAGACUCAUUAUCUGGCUAAGUAUAAAUCUCAGGGGGAGAAGCAUUUUAUUUUUGUUUGGCUCAGUCUACCAGUUACUGUUUGAGCUGGCUUUCCAGAGUCCAGGCAAAUAGCUGUUUGGCUGGUCAUCACCAAGGAAGUAAUUCCCUAAGCACUGAAACAGAGCUUUCUCCGUAUAUAAAGUAUUGAUCCCCUAGGAGAACUCUUCUCACUCCCACACAGACACACUAGCGCAGGAACACCCCACUCUGCACCUAAAGAGUCUUCCCAGCUAGCAGUCUGCCUAGCUGGCAUCAGUCCUACACACACACACACACACACACACACACACACACACACACACACACACACAAAGUUCCUGGGAGGCUCUGGACCCCUCCUUGGGAGUCUGCCAUGAGAUGAGUCUUAAUGGCCAAGUCACUGUCCUUAUGCCAUGUGUAGGUGAGGGAGGUCAAGUGAAGGAGAUCACUAGAACUGGUCUGGAUUUGGGGAGUUUCGCUGAGGCCAGAACCAAAGGGGGCUGGGCCGCCUGCUUGAGAAACAAAACUCCUGUUCAGAAGGAGCUUCUCUUGCAGCCAGCCGGGCUGGAGAUAGAGUAAUUCUGAAGCAACUGACGCAGCUGGGAAUUGAGCUGUGCAAAGCUUUCACUCACAGGGAAGGGAAGCGUCUGCCCCACCCUCCCCCACCAAGCGCCCUGGAUACACUGCCCACACUCCUCUCCUCCGUGACGUCACCCCUAGUCCUGUCCCGAGGAGCCUGCAAAACCUCUCAAAUUCAAACUGCUAGACGCACUGCUGCUGCUGCCACUGGAUUGAAAGCGCGCGCCCAGGCGCCGCUGUGGCAGCCGCCCGCAGUGACCCAGUCCGAAAGACCUCCCUAUGUAAUCGCAUCCCUGGUUCCCCACAGCGCAGCUUCUUUCUGUUCCAAUCCUCCUCUUCCUCUCUGGCCGCCAGCCGGAUUUCUAAUUUCUGCGCACCCCACCCCCCUGCCCAAUCAAAUUAAUUCAAGCAACAAAAAAAGCAAAGCUUCCCCCACUGCAAGCGGCAUCUUCUUUUACUUUGCUCUCUUUCUCUUCCUGAAGAUGCUAAACUACUGGUGGACUGAAGAGGAGAGGAGCCCCGUCUUCUCCUGAUGUUUUAAAAAAAAAAAAAGUAAAGCAAUUUCUACUGCAAGCCCAAGACGGGCAAUCCACUUGAGAUUUCUUCAAAAUACCCCAGGGGAGGAGGAGAUGGGCCGGAUUUAGUAGGACAACUCGAUUACUAAUGACUCCGUGGCUGGCUGUGACCCGCAGGGAAAUCAGGUUUGCCUGUAAGUACCUGAGCUGACAUCGAAGGUGCUUAAAGAUGCUGAGCGGCGUUUGGUUCCUCAGUGUGUUAACAGUGGCCGGGAUCUUACAGACCGAGAGUCGCAAAACUGCCAAAGACAUUUGCAAGAUCCGCUGCUUGUGCGAAGAGAAGGAAAACGUACUGAAUAUUAACUGUGAAAACAAAGGAUUUACAACUGUCAGUUUGCUUCAACCCCCCCAGUAUCGCAUCUAUCAGCUGUUUCUCAACGGAAACCUCUUGACCAGACUGUAUCCAAAUGAGUUUGUCAAUUAUUCAAAUGCGGUGACUCUUCAUCUAGGUAACAAUGGGCUGCAGGAGAUCCGACCUGGGGCAUUUAGUGGUCUGAAAACUCUCAAAAGACUGCACCUCAAUAACAACAAACUGGAGGUAUUGCGAGAGGACACUUUUCUAGGCCUAGAGAGUCUGGAGUACCUCCAAGCUGACUACAAUUACAUCAGCACCAUCGAGGCAGGGGCAUUCAGCAAACUGAAUAAGCUGAAAGUACUCAUCCUGAAUGACAACCUUUUGCUGUCUUUGCCCAGUAAUGUGUUUCGGUUUGUCCUGCUGACUCACUUAGACCUGAGGGGGAACAGGUUGAAAGUAAUGCCUUUUGCUGGUGUCCUUGAACAUAUUGGAGGAAUCAUGGAAAUUCAGCUGGAAGAAAACCCGUGGAAUUGCACCUGUGACUUACUUCCUCUCAAGGCAUGGCUGGACACCAUUACUGUUUUUGUGGGGGAGAUUGUCUGUGAAACCCCUUUCAGGUUACAUGGGAAAGAUGUGACCCAGCUGACCAGACAAGACCUCUGUCCCAGAAAAAGUGCAAGUGGUGAUUCUAGUCAGAGGAGCAGCCAUUCAGACACACAUGUUCAAAGGCUGACCCCUACAACAAAUCCUGCUCUCAACCCAACCAGAGCUCCAAAAGCCAGCCGGCCACCCAAAAUGAGAAAUCGUCCGACUCCUCGAGUGACUGUGUCAAAAGACCGGCAGAGCUUUGGCCCGAUCAUGGUGUACCAGACCAAGUCCCCCGUGGCCCUCACCUGUCCCAGCAGCUGUGUCUGUACUUCUCAGAGCUCAGACAAUGGUCUAAAUGUGAAUUGCCAAGAAAGGAAGUUCACUAACAUCUCUGACCUACAGCCCAAACCUACCAGUCCAAAGAAACUCUACCUAACAGGGAACUAUCUCCAAACAGUCUAUAAGAAUGACCUCUUAGAAUACAGUUCACUGGAUUUGUUGCAUUUAGGAAACAACAGGAUUGCAGUCAUUCAGGAAGGUGCCUUUACAAACCUGACCAGUUUACGAAGACUUUAUCUGAAUGGCAAUUACCUUGAAGUGCUGUAUCCUUCUAUGUUUGAUGGACUGCAGAGCUUGCAGUAUCUCUAUUUAGAGUAUAAUGUCAUUAAGGAAAUUAAGCCUCUGACCUUUGAUGCUUUGAUUAACCUCCAGCUCCUGUUUCUGAAUAACAACCUGCUGAGGUCCUUACCUGAUAAUAUAUUUGGGGGCACAGCCCUCACCAGGCUGAAUCUGAGAAACAAUCAUUUUUCUCACCUGCCUGUGAAAGGGGUCCUGGACCAGCUUCCUGCUUUUAUCCAGAUAGAUCUGCAAGAGAACCCAUGGGACUGCACCUGUGACAUCAUGGGGCUAAAGGACUGGACCGAACAUGCCAAUUCUCCUGUCAUCAUCAAUGAGGUGACUUGUGAGUCUCCCGCUAAGCAUGCAGGGGAGAUACUGAAAUUCCUGGGAAGGGAGGCUAUUUGUCCAGAAAAUCCUAACCUGUCAGAUGGGACUAUUUUGUCAAUGAAUCACAACACAGACACACCUAGAUCACUUAGUGUGUCUCCUAGUUCUUACCCCGAACUACACACUGAAGUUCCACUCUCCGUUUUAAUUUUAGGAUUGCUUGUGGUUUUUAUCCUGUCUGUCUGUUUUGGGGCGGGGUUGUUCGUCUUUGUUCUGAAGCGUCGAAAGGGAGUGCCAAAUGUUCCCAGGAAUGCCACCAACUUAGAUGUAAGUUCCUUCCAGUUACAAUAUGGGUCUUACAACACCGAGACUAAUGAUAAAGCUGAUGGCCACGUCUAUAACUACAUUCCUCCACCUGUGGGUCAGAUGUGCCAAAACCCCAUCUACAUGCAGAAGGAAGGAGACCCAGUGGCCUAUUACCGAAAUCUGCAGGACUUCAGCUAUGGCAACCUGGAGGAAAAAAAAGAAGAACCUGCCACACUUGCUUACACAAUAAGUGCCACUGAGUUGCUAGAAAAACAGGCCACACCAAGAGAGCCUGAGCUGCUGUAUCAGAAUAUUGCUGAGCGAGUUAAAGAACUUCCCAGUGCAGGCCUAGUCCACUAUAACUUUUGUACCUUACCUAAAAGGCAGUUUGCCCCUUCAUAUGAAUCUCGACGCCAAAACCAAGACAGAAUCAAUAAAACCGUUUUAUAUGGGACUCCCAGAAAAUGCUUUGUGGGGCAGUCAAAGCCAGACCACCCUUUACUGCAAGCUAAACCGCAAUCGGAACCAGACUACCUCGAAGUUCUGGAAAAACAAACUGCAAUCAGUCAGCUGUGAAGGGAAACCAUUUACAACCCUCUAGCAUCAAAGGAUGCAGCUCCAGACUGUUGGAAGCACUGCCUUUGCUUUUGUUGUGUCCUCCCUUCCCCAGUGCUAAUGGGAGACUGAAAGCCUUUGGGAGAUGGGGUGAAGCAAUGAUCUUGCUCUCGCAAGCUUUCCUUUAAAUUAUUUUCUCUUUUGCUCUCCUAAUCCCGUUCCCCCUCUCUUCUUAGAAACCGUCAGAGAACAUGAAUGUUUCUACAAUGCAUUUUUUCAUGUAUUUUUGUUUAGGUUUCAUUUCUAUUUUCUUUCUUUUUUUUUCUUUCUUUUUUUUUUCUUUCCCAGUGUGGGAGUGGAAAGAAAUGACAGAGAAUGAAGGAAAAGUAGGCAAAGUUUUCAAAUGAAAACAUUUUGUAGAAGAUCUCCAAAGAUCUUUUGGGACUACAACUUUUUUUUUUUUUUUUUUUUUUUUUUUUUUUUUUUUUGUAAAUAAUGGUCUAUGGUAUUGCCAUCUUCAGUUACCGAGUAUAGGCCUGGGCAUCGCUACUUUGUGUGAAAGUGCCUUUGCACUUAAAGACGUAACUUAAAUGUUGCUUUUAGCUUUGAAAAUUGAAAGUAUUUUAAUGUGCUGUAUUUUUAAAAUUGAAAUCAAUGUAAAAUAGAUCUAUAUGUCAACUAUAUUAAGUCAACGUACAGUUUGCUUGAGUUAUAGAAACCAGCCUGUCAUCAAACGAUUCUAGCUUAGGACUUUAUAGAUGUAAAUGUAAAAUAUUUCCUUUCUUCUGGGUUUGGUAUAAGUGAUUUUAUUUAAGUCAAGUAAGGGGAUUUAACAGUGGACUAGAGGGCAUAAGCCACCUCUGGAUUAAUAAUUCAUUAAUAAAAUAUAUUUAACCCAAUAUCAGAGUGAAUUGAACAAUUAAUGCCCUUCUGUGAAUCAUUAUUUUACACUAACAUGGUCAAUGUUUUAGAUUAUUUUCCUAAUUAAGAGUACAUUGCACAACUAGUAGUAUAUUUUUUCUGCAUUAGAUAUUUUUAUAUAUUUAAAUGAAACUCUGUAUUUCUAACUUUUUAAUUGAAACUAAUAUUUUUUCUGCCUAUUGCAACAUUUUCUAUAAACACAUACCAGUAGAGGCCGCCACACACCUCAUUUAACCAAGACACAAGAGCCAUUAAAUACCUUGAAGACUUCAAAGGUAAGAUGAAAACUUCCCACGUAAGUUCUCUGCAAAUUCAAGACAGCAGAGAUAAAAAUUACAUAUCUCAAAUUUUAUUUCUUUGAGAAUCAAAAAUUAGACACAGAAUUCUUCUCAAUUUUCACAAAGAGAGAUUUUCCUCUUGAUUUUAAUUGAAGUGUUAAUGAGGUGCUAUCAAAUCAGGCACUUAUUUGCAUCUCCAAAUCCAUUAACAGUUACCUAAACCACAGCAGUAAGCGUCUUUUUUCCUUCUGCCUUCUUGGGGCACGCUUUACUUGAAAUUUUUUCUUCUUAGCUUCAGCAAGCCUUUCGUUUUGUUCUUAGCAAUCAAUUAUUUUAACUAACCAACUCUAUAUAACAUUUAUGAAGCCUUAUUAGACUGUAAAUAAUUUUUAGAUGCAAACAUUAUUGUAUGAUUUAAACAAACAGCCUUUCUUUACAACAAAAAUAGUUUUGUUUUGUCUAUUGUAAAUCCUUAUGCAACUGGGAUGGUGAUCAGCAUAUAAAGUAGUCCAGCUUUUCAAUUCCUUAUUAAAGCAAGUGAUGGCGUCUGAAAGAAGCACACUGUUUCCUUUUCAUAAAUAGGUUACUGCACAUAAUAAUCCUUUAUUAUCAUGUGGAGAUUGAAGUGGAUCCUGAUAAGUUACUUUUAAAGCAUUAAAUUGACUAAUAGUACAUUACCAGUAUUAACAAUUCAUGCUACAGGCUUUCAAUUAGAAAUUACUUAACUCCAAAUCAUUUUGAUUAAUAAUUAAUGGUGCAAAAUGGACUUUUUAAACAACAGAAGGUAAUUGUGCCCAUAUAUAAAAGUAAAGGAUACUCAAGGAAAAAAAAGAUUUUAACAAUCUGAAAUCCCUGGAUAUCUACUAACUAAUAUAUUCACUGUUUGCUUAAAAGUCAUAAUUGCCAUUUAUAUCCAUUAGCUCACAACUGAAAAUGGUGGGUCAGAGUGAUCUACACAUAUGUAUAGAAAUUUUCAUUUUGUAUAAAAGAAGCCAGAGUAGUGAAUGAGUCGGACAUUCUGGAAAGUGCUUCAUCUUUGGGUGACAUUUAUAUAUAAAUACAAGAGUUUUAAACAUUUUCUUAAAGAGGCUUUCCUUUGGUUUAAUGGUCAAUACAUUAUACAGAGGCAGAUAUUUGGGGAAGUAAUUGUGAAGGCAAAUCAGCAUAUAUCAUAUUAAGAUAGUUUUUAUAGGCUUUAACUGUGAUUUGAUCUGUUAAUGACAUGAUUCUACUUCACUGUUUGUUCUCAUUCUCCUGAAAAGUAAAACAUGCGUGUUAAUGACAAAUUAGUUUAUUAAUCUUAAUGAAAAGUAACUUACUUCUCAUUCAUUAUCAUGAUUUUUUGAAGAGGCCUCCUGGAAGAACUCAAACCCACAAAUUCUUUAGCUCAAUAAUUACUAUUCAUUUCAAUAUUUUCAUGUUUCUAGAUUUGUACUUUAUUUACAUUGAGUUAUAAAAUCAAGUCUUUCAGGUAUGAUACAAAUGGUUUUAUUUAAAAGCAUAAUAGCACACCUUGUGUUUUAAUUGUUACUGUCAAAUGCAAGUAUAAGCACUUCAAGAUUAAUUACUUUAUUGACAUUCCCACUGGUUGGAUUCUGAUUUUCUUUAUAGGCUCAAGCACUACCAAAGCUAUUUUACUUUAAGGAUUUUAUUUUUAACUCCUCCAGCUGGAUAUGUUAUUCCUUCCCUUACUAUUUCACAAGCAGAUCGUAAUGAGUGUGAGCCUAGCAAGUACUGGUCCAGGCAAGAUAGUGGCAUUCCUAGGACCCCACCUGGAACAGAACUAGAUGCCUGGCCCUACAAAAUGUCAAACAGCAAUUACUCUACAUUCUACUGUUUAAUUAGUUACUUUCAUGGCUUCUACAUAUUCCAGUGGGUAAAUUUGUACAAAAUUCUCAAAAAUACUACUCCUCAAACUUCACACCAUUGCCAAGAAUAUUUGGUAUGAACUUAGGUCAACCUUCGUGCCUUCUUUCCUCAGGCAUUUGGUGAGUAAGAAAAAGACCCUUUAAUGUCUUCUUUGUCCUCUGACUUUUAAGUUGACUGACUUUUUCUAAAUAAUUCCUGUCAUAAAGGGCUUAAUAUUUUAAAGAUUUUUAAAGUAUAUGUAACGAAUUAAAGAUAGUUUCUGUCAUUUCUCAAACUUUGAAAAUUCCUUAUGAUACUAUACUACACAUUCCAGAAACAUACUACAUUUGAAUGCUAGAGUUAACAAAGCCUUCCAGAUGGUUCUCUUACUCAAUUUGUUUCCUCAUUCAUUCAUUCAUUCAUUCACUCAUUUAAUAUAUCUUGAGUGCUCUCUUCCCUGGUGCCUGGAGCUGCUGUGUGCAGAGGGGCCACAGAUAUAUAAGACAGGAUCUCUAAUUGCCUCACCCCAUGCCUUCACCCCUACUCCCACUGAUACUAAAUCCCCCUCCCUUCACAGACCUCCCAAAUUUGGUAAGGAGCAUAGUACAAAAUAGAAGAGAGCUUUACCUGAAUGAAAAUCACUCCCAGGUAGGCAGUGGGGACAAGAAUCCAGUGCAGAAGGUUGAGUUUUAAAAUUCUCUGGAGUAAAAUAUUGAAUGAAUAAACCAUAAAUAGACUGGUUACCAUGUAAGUGCUAUUAACAUAUCUUUGGAAUUACAUAGAUAAAAUGGGAAAAUCCCACUAAAAUAAACUUAAAUCACAGCAGAAUUAAGUCCAAUUAUGGCCUGAUGAUAGCUAUAUAUUUGUGCUAUCUACAUCUACUUUGUAAAGUUGAAUACCAGAAUUGUAAAUAUAAAAACCACUAAUAUACUUCAAGUUUUGGGAUAUUCAUGUUUUAGAGGCAACAUUUACUAUCUAUUUUAGUGGCGUAAAAGGUAAUAUUUUGGCUCACAUGCCUUUACCUAUACAAUAAGAGACUUUAGUGUGUGAGAGAGAUCAAAGAACUAUGUUUAAGCCUACUUUGCUCCUCACAAUGGUCGUGGAAAAAGUGCUGUGUAAAUUGAAGUUUUAAAAGAAUCAAAUUCUAUUUUAAGUGCAUUAAGGGAGCUACCAUUUAGAUAAAAUUUGGGAAUCUCAUUAAGAGGCAGAAAACUAUUUUAUAAUGCAAAUAACCAUUCUAUGUGUUUUGUAUAUUUGGAUUUUCAAUAUCAAUUUUGCUUAAAAACAAGUUCACAUGCAUAAUAAGAGUGUGUUUUGUCAGCAUUGCUUGUACUAUUCAUUUCUUGGUUGCUAAGGGCUUAUACUUAAAGUCUGCUGCAGUUUUAUGUGAAUUGAGCUAUCUAUGAUUAUGAUAGCACAAUAGCAUUCCUGAACGUCUGGACUAGCAAGCCCAUUUCAAUACAAUUGAACACAGGACUCUUGCUCAACAGCAUCUCCCCUCCCAAGACCUUGUUUCCUUAGAGGGUAGACUGACUCCUGUAUUCACAUCCUAUAAAGUGCUUAGGAAUACAGGUUUUAUUAAAAAAAUACAUAUGUUACUAUGUAAACAUAUUGAAUUGCAUGUGUGUUGGAAAUUUUUAGCAGUAUUUUAGCUUGAAAGUAUGUGUACAAAUUCUGUUAGCUUAGUUGCAAAUAAUUGUUCUCAAGUUGUUGGAAUAAAUGGCAAAUGAAACAAUUUAUUAUGUAAAUAAAUUCUUGUGCCAAAUAGUGACAUUGUUUAAGAAAAUAAAUGACAUAUUUUGGGCUGUUAAUAGGCAAAUGAAAUACUGAAAAUGUGAUCAAAUUAUAUUGUAUUUUAUUGGAUAAACUGUUUAGUUAUUUUAUGCUGUAGUUAGCUUUCAGUUAAUAAAUAAAUAUUCACUAAAAAUGCA